GACUCUGUUUACCAACUGGGACAGCGCAGACAAGAUGGUCUAUCAAAUCCCUGGCAUUUCAGCUGAAAUGAUGGGUCUCAUCAUCAAUUACGCCUACACCGGGACAGUACCGAUCACAGAGGACAAUGUUGAGAGUUUGCUGGCUGCAGCAGAUCAGUUCAAUGUCAUGGGCAUAGUCAGCCUGUGCUGUGAGUUCCUCAGUUCCAGGCUGUGCUUUGAGAAUUGCAUUGGCAUUUGCAGACUCACUGACUAUUACCACUGCCCCGACCUGCGCGCAGCUGCCUGCGUGUACAUCCUGCACCACUUCGAGGAGGUGUCCCAGGUGUCCGAGGAGUUCCUAGACCUCUCUGCCGAGGAGCUGGCACACAUCAUUGAGAAGGAUGAGCUUAACGUGCGGCGAGAAGAAGCCGUGUUUGAGGCUGUGCUGAGGUGGAUCGCUCAUGACCCGCAGAACAGGAGGCAGCACAUCGCCUGCUUGCUCAGCAAGGUUCGACUGGCACUCCUACAAUCCGACUACUUCAUGAACAACGUCAAAGCUCACGAGUACGUGAAAGACAACGCCAACUGCAAAGAUCUCAUCAUCAGUGCCCUGUCCGAAAUCUACGACCUGAACUCCUACGGCCAGAGUUCCUCAGUCAACGCCAACCCACUCACCCGGCCACGCCUGCCCUACGCCAUCCUCUUUGCCAUCGGGGGCUGGAGCGGGGGCGGCGCCACCAGCGCCAUCGAGACCUACGACGGCCGCACUGACAAGUGGCUGAACAUCCCCUGGGAGCAGGAGAGCCCUGUUGCCUAUCACGGCUCGGCUUAUUUGAAAGGCCACGUCUAUGUUAUCGGUGGAUUCGAUGGCACAGAUUAUUUCAACAUCGUCAAAAGGUUUGAUCCCCUCCAGAAGACAUGGCAGCAGGUAGCGCCCAUGCACUCACGGCGCUGCUACGUCAGCGUCACUGUUGUGGACAACUUCAUCUAUGCCAUGGGAGGGUUUGAUGGGUACAUGAGGCUCAACACAGCAGAGCGAUAUGACCCAGACACCAACCAGUGGACCCUGAUCACCCCCAUGCACGAGCAGAGGAGCGACGCCAGUGCAACCACGCUGAAUGGAAAGGUGUACAUCUGUGGUGGGUUUGAUGGUGAUCAGUGCCUCAGCUCAGCUGAAGUGUUCAACCCCACCACAAACCAGUGGUCCCUGAUCGCCCCAAUGAGCAGCAGGAGAAGCGGAGUUGGGGUGAUGGCGUACGGGAACCAGGUGUACGCGGUCGGAGGGUUUGAUGGGAACAGCCGGCUGCAGAGCGUGGAAGCCUACAACCCUAUCGCCAACGCCUGGCACGCCGUGCCCUCCAUGCUAAAUCCACGCAGCAACUUUGGCAUUGAGGUGAUGGACGGCCUGUUGUUCGUGGUGGGGGGCUUCAAUGGGUUCAGCACCACCGUUGCCACCGAGUGCUACGAGGAGGACACCAACGAGUGGUACGACGCCCACAGCAUGGGCAUCACCCGCAGCGCCGUCAGCUGCUGCGUGGUGCCAGGACUCUCCAAUGUCAUGGAAUACAUCGCCAGGCAACACUACUACCAGCACAGCUCCUCCAUGGACAUCUUGUUCACCAGCUCAACUCGGAGCUCGCCGUUGUAA